AUGGCGAUACGCGAGGGGCCGUGGCAGAGCAAGAAUGACUACGAAUUCAUCCUUCGAUCCUUGCGGGGCGGGCGCCGGGUGGAUGGGAGGGAGCUCGGAGACAUGCGGCUGUUGCGUAUGGUCUUCGCUCGCGCGGAGGGGCAGGCCAGCGCCGAGAUUCAGCUGGGGCGAACGCGAGUGCUGGGGGUCGUCACGGGCGAGGUGGUCCCGCCUUUUCCGGAUAGGCCAAUGGAAGGCUUCCUGCACUUCAAUGUCGAGCUAGGGCCGAUGGCUGCCGCCAGCAUGGGGGAGCAACGCAAUUCGCCAUUGUCGGUGGAGAUCGCGCGGGUGAUCGAGAUCGGGGUGAGGGACUCACAGGCCCUUGACACAGAAGCGCUUUGCAUCAUUGGCGGCGAGAAGCUGCGGUGCGACGUGCACAUCCUUGAUCACGGGGGGAACUUGAUUGACGCCUGCACGCUGGCUACGAUGGCCGCGCUCCGACAUUUCCGACGACCAGAGGUGACCGUAGACGGUUCCAAGGUAGUCGUGCACCACACCGAUGACAAGGAGCCGCACCCCCUGGCCCUCCACCAUGUUCCCAUCUGCGUCACCUUCGCCAUUUUCGAGGUGACUUUACGCUAUUGCUACAGCGAUUUUGGUCCAAUAAUGGGAGGCAAGGACACGGGCGAUCCUUCGAUUGGCCGCCCGGCGGUCGGCGGCGGCGGGGCGAGCAAGAGCACGGGAGGCAUGAACGGUGCGGGGAUGAGCUCUUCGGCCACGCAGCACAUCGCGGCGGACCCUACAGAGGCCGAGGAGGAGGUGAUGAAGGGUAGGAUAACCUUCGCGAUGACCGCGCACAAGGAGGUUGUAGAGGACGUAUGGAAGGGGCUCGACAUCGACGAAGAUGAAACGCUGGAAACGGAGGGUCUACAGGGGUUCAAGGAGAAGAGCCGGCUUCGUGGAACUAGCCCGAGCGCGGCGGGGGCAGCGGCGGGUCCAGGACCCGUCCCUGGAAUGGUGCAAGGAAAGAUCCCGGCAACGCUCCCCGGAACGAGGUCGACGCCGUUCGUCGUCGGACAGGCGCCGAUGCCGGUCGCCCCGGAGUCACUCAAGGUGAAGCACCUCGACUACGACGACCUCCACGUGACGCAGGGCAUCCGCGAGGAGGGUCUGAGGGGGGGGGGUAACCGUGGGGGGCGCGGUCUCGACAUCAACGACGCCAGGGACACCGACCUGUUCGCCAAGAUGGCUGCUGCGGCGAAGCUGACGGAGGCCCGGGUUAACGCCGAAGAAGGAAGCCGAGACCCGAAGGGGAGAGCAACGACAGCGGGGCGAGCAUCAUCGAAAUCAGCGGUAACAAUUCAGGAAGGCCGAUACGGUACUGAUUCCGCCGCCGCCGGUGUCGGCGCCGAAAGAAAACCACGCAGGAGUACGAGACAAGGCGGGGGGGAGGGGCACGCCGAGGAGGACGCGAAGAGCGAGUUUGCACGCAUGGCCCAAACGUUGAGGCAGCAGAGCGGGACCAAGGGCGUUGGGAGGAAGCAGCCGGCGGCUAUGGAUGUGGAUUCAGACGACGAGGAAGAGGAGACGGUUACGCUUGAGGGAGAGUUCAAGUCUGCGGAGGAGGUGCCGCGAGCAUCAACUGGUUCGGGGGGGGUGGCGGACAAGGAUGGGCCCAAGGACAUGGACAACGAUGACGACGACGACAACGACGACCUUUUGUCGGCCGUCAAGAAAGGGAAAGGCCGCGGCAGAGGGAAAGGGAAGGCCAAGGGCAAGAGGGGCAAGGCAUGACUUAAGUGACCUUACGUCGGGUUACAUGAGCACGAUAGAUUGACAGGCGUUUUUUUCUUUACUUCGACGUAAAUAGGUGUGUGCUUUAGCGGGCGGGGUUUGUAUGUUGUUCGGUAAAUCUCCAGCGGGUGCGUAGGGGUAUUUCUAAGGGGCGGGAAAACCGUUUACCUGUCCUGUUGCUACCUCCUCGGGUCUCGAGCCACACGGUGAGUGGUGGCGGACAGCGGCAGUACUCUGUAGCAGCAGCGGGCACCUAACAUGCUGACUGCCGGUUGUGUAGUAGUGUACCGGUUUGACGAGGUGUUUUGGAGUUUUGGCGGUGACCGUUUGGAAUGUAGUGUCUGGGCAGUGUAGGGGAAGGGCGCGAGUCGGGGGGGGGAGGUAGGUGUGGAGGUUGUGAGACUUGUUCUCGGGGAAUAUCAUGGUGAAAGCUCUUUCCUCUCCUUGUGGUCGAAUGGCACUUGUUUUCUGCAGACAAGACGGUCCUUGCAGAUCUGAUCGUUGUUUCAUCCGGGGUUGAAGCGAUGCUGUCGCAGUCCGUCGCAGCCUUUGCGGGAGCGAGCGUUAAAGUGCCUCUUGUUUUCCUUGUCCUUGCAUCACGCUUGUUUCUCGGCAUGUGCAGAUUACCAAGUCCUUCAUCGUAUUUUCGCUGGUCUGUCAAUUUUCGCUGACGGGGGGACAGGUGUCACGUGGUAUACAUGUAUCAACAUCAACCAGUAGUCUAGUGGCAUUCGUUUCCUCGCCCUGCAUGCACUUUUGUUCUUCUCCAUAUAACGAUGUAGACUAA